AAAAAAAGGACCAUUGGAAUUCCUCCUUAUUCCUGGAAAAACAUUACCCAGGAAUCUGAAUGUUUUCCCCCCAUUCCGUUGACAAACCUCUAAAGCCGCUCCGUCACUUUUACGAGGUCAACGCGAUCUUUUGGCAAAUGUUUUUAUGCUCAAAAUACUGAGUAAACACACUUUAAACACUUGCAGGUUUUUCUGUUUGUUUGUGAAGGGAGGUUGACGUGUCUUUAUUGUCCUGUCAUUGUUGUUGAAGGUGAGGUAAAUGUGGUCAAUUGCAGAGCCUGCUCUGACCUCCUCUGACUAUCUUUGUUCUCGCCUUUUUCAGAGUCUAUCAAAAACAAGCACCUGCAGUGAACAUAGAGUAGCAGGUAGCAGAUACGGUAGCAUGAGGACGAGUGCAGUUCAGGGUGUGUUACUCACACAUGCACAUCAUCACCUGUGUUUUUCUAGCUUUCAGGAAAGAGGACGAUCAGGUUUGGAACCAUAGGUCAUGAGAGUGAGAUCGGCUUGUUGAUUUUUCACUGAGUGCGUAGUUAUGUGAGUGUUGUGUGUAACAUUUGGAGUCAUGGAAUUUGGAUGUCGUUCAUUUCCAGUUGUAGAUAAGUGCAGAGCUCGGAGGAUCAUGAACCACUUCAUGUUGGCUGUGAAAUAGCCAGCAGCGCUCCACCACAGGACCAGAGGCAUCGAGGCAAAUCAACAUGGCCGUCUUCAAACCUGACAAUGUGGAAGACUUGUAUGAGAUCGGAGAGGUUCUGGGAAGUGGGCACUUUGGGGAGGUGCGACGUGUUCGCGAGCGGGCCUCUGGUACGAGUUGGGCCGGCAAGUUCAUGAAGAUCCGUAAGAGCGCGUGCACUCACCUGGGCGUGGAGAGGAGCUGCGUGGAGCAGGAGGUGGAGAUCCUGCACACGCUGCAACACCCGAACAUCGUGGCCCUCAAAGACGUCUUUGAGAGUCGAGCCGAGGUGGUGCUCAUCCUGGAGUUCGUGAACGGAGGGGAACUGUUUGACUUCAUCGCCGACAAGGAGAUGCUGCUGGAGAGCGAGGCCAUCGAGUUCAUGAAGCAGAUCCUGGAGGGACUGGGAUUCAUGCACAGCAAGAACAUCGGCCACUUUGACCUCAAGCCAGAAAACAUCAUGCUGUCAGACAACGUGUCUCAGAACCCCAACAUCAAACUCAUCGACUUUGGCCUGGCUCACCACUUCCAACAGGACGAGGAGUACAGGAGCUCCAGUGGCACGCCGCAGUACAUCGCCCCUGAGGUGAUCAAAAAAGAACCUCUGAGCACAACAGCAGAUAUGUGGAGCAUCGGAGUUAUUACCUACAUAUUGUUGAGCGGUUUGUCACCGUUCCAAGGUGAGACAAAUGAGGAGACGCUGACCAAUGUCCUUGCCAUGAAAUAUGAGUUUUAUGCACAGUUUUUCAGCACCACCAGCUCCAUGGCCAAAGACUUUAUCCAGAAACUCUUGGUGGAAAACCCCAAUGACAGGAUGACAGCUGAGGAGAGUCUGCUUCAUCCCUGGAUUAAGCCCAUCACGCGCAAACAGGCGGCCAAGCGCAAUCGAUCCUCGAUCAAUAUGAAGAGCUUUAAGCGCUUCAACGCCAGGAGGAAAUGGAAGAUGUCCUAUAACAUGGUGCGAAUGUGUAACAGGCUGGUGCAGUUGAGGCUGCUGUGUAAGGGCAACGCUGAUGCAGAUCCACUACAGAGACAAUGUGAAAGCGACGUGGAGGACACUGAGAGCAAACCUGCGUCUCUGCUGCGGCGACGACUCAGCAGCAGCUCAUAGAGAAGCACGGGUCCAACACUGCAGGGACACACGUGUGUCCCCCUGAUCCUGGUGAAGUGAAGUGGACAAACACAUGUUGACCUCCACUCUGUCUGUCUGUCUGUCUGUCUGUCUGUCUGUGUGUCUGUGAGCAGUUUCAGUCUAAAAGUAAAGGACAGAUUUCUGAUGACAUUUGUACGUUCUUGGUCCAAAGACGACGUGAUUUUGUCGGUGAUCCAUGUUCAGGAUUUUUUUAAAGCCAAGACAGCGGGGAGUUUAUCGACACUGUGGGAAAACUGAGCGGCCUUAGACGAAGGUUCCUGCUUUCACCUCGUCUGACCAACUCUUCUCAGAGAAUAAACUGUGUUUGUUAACCUGCGACUCUGAGAUUACACGAUAUGCACAGAAAAAAAAAAAAAGAUUGUACCAGACGUGGUUUUAUUAAGUCUUCCAUGACUUUGAUAUUGAGGAGUGUACAGUACUUACAUCAUUGUCGGUGUCUGUUACGUGUUCAACACAAAAACGCAUGCAGAUGAAGUGUUUUUGGCUAAAACCGUAAAGUCUAUGGAUUAUUUAUGGAUUGAUUCUCGUCAGUUGUGAUCAUUUAUAUGUGAACGGAGAUCUGGAAAAACUUCUAUUUGGACUUUUUUACAGUCUUAUAACAAUGUUGUCUCUAUGGAGAUCUAUACAUUAAUAAUUAACCCGUCAGCAACUGAACAACCCCAGAAAAUAAUCUGCUACUAGAGAUUAGGAGUGUGUACACACACUUCACGUCUCUUACAGAACAACGGACGCGUUAUGAGUCACCGCGGUGUCACUGUGUUCCCAGAUCGCAUGGAUUACUUCAUAACAAUCACAAUAACGCAAUGUUCUUUAGUUAGUGAUUUAAGGGACGACUGACGCCAUCAUUUUCUCUUAAAAGGGUUUUGAGUGAAAAGUCUCUUUCUCGCAAAAGCUCAAAUGAGUGUGAAAUGGAAAGAAAAAAAAAAUCCCAUUUCAAUCUCAAGGUUAAUGCAGUAGCUGCUUUUUAACUCUCGCACGACUCCUCGUGACACGUUUGCUCAGUUGCUGUGGAAACCCAGUGGUGUAAUAUGAUUUUGUUUGAGCUCCUCUGGCUUCUUCUUCUUAGUAUUAGUCCCAGUUGUUAAGUCAACAUUGAUCAUAAUAAUUUAGUUUACAGAAGGUUUUUUCGUUUUGUUUUUUAAAUCACCAAGUGAAGACGAGGACAUUUCUCUGUGUUUGUGUUUGUGUCACUUCUCUCAUGAUCUACACUUGAGGACAAAGUUAGUUAUUCUGCCUUUGUCAUUGUUUUAAAAGUCUUUCUCCCACGUGUUUUUCAAACAUCCUAGUUUUAUUUUGGAUACUUCCAUUAUUUGACUUUGGCACACAGAAAUGUAAUCAUUCCACAAAAAACAACUACUAAGGUGAAAAUGAUUAGCCCCGCCUUUAAAAUCAAGUUCAAACUGAGGAUUUAUCUCCCACGUUACACACAGUGUAACAUCUUCAGUCAGGGUUUGAGCGCUUGUCUCGUUAAUCCGUCGAUUAUUUUCUCGAGUAAUAAAAUGUCA